AUGCCGGUGGUGGUACAGGGCAUCCUGGGGGUGUCCAGAGCUGUCAUCCAUAUCAGUGAGCAUAGAAGGAAGAAGAUGUUCAAGCUUCUAGUAGAAGGUGACAACAUGCAGGCAGUCAUGGCCACCAAUACCGUGAAAGGCAUCCAGAUGACUUCCAAUAACUACUCUCCCUCAGUGGAGAAAACUCUGGGCAUUGAGGCUGCCCAGACAACCAUCACCAACAAGAUCCAGCCCAUAAUGGUCAACCAUGGCAUGAGCAUCGACAGGAGACAGGUGAUGCUGCUCUCAGACCUGAUGACCUACAAGGUGUAA